GCACGGGAGCAGUAACUGAAACUACUGCGCAGCAUCGCUGCCUUGUCUGAGAAAUACUGACAACAGCCAACCAAGAGCAUCAGAGAACAGGGUCAUUAUCAUCAUCCAUCUGUCAAGAGCAACGCAAAGCGUAAAGAAAACGACUGAAUCAUGGUUACCCUACCGAUGGCUAGAAGAACUGCGUGGCUGUAACUGGAAACUGACACGUGGAUUAUCAACCCUCAGAGGCAGCACCGGUAAAAACAGAUUCUCUCCUCAGUUCUGUCUUACUUUAUCCCGCGCGCUUCUCUUCACCACACUGUAAUGUGACCAGAUAUGAAUCUAAUCGGAAGGAAAUUAUACGCCAGUUUCAUCUGAACGUAAGGCUUUGUUUUGUCAUCUUUCAGUUCUGCUACGUACGAGAAAACGCUGGAUUGUGAAUUUGAGUAGCCAACGGAGAACGUCAGUAAAUAUUUAUCCCUCUCGUUGAAUGGCAAUUCUUCAAAAACAUGGAAAGAACUCUAGUCCAGAUUUGGUCUGUCUCAAAGAAAACCAUCCUACAGAUAAAAUCGGUGCCGCUGGAUGUCAGAAGAAGGGGUCUGAACUGAAUACGAACUGGUCAAGGCCACUGGCACGAAUCUGGACGGUCGUGCUGCUGUUGGGGACCUGCCUGCUGUACUGUGCCCGUGUAGCCAUGCCCAUUUGUGCGGUCAGCCUGGCAGAGCAGUUCAGCUGGAGCAAGAGAGAGACAGGCAUGGUGCUGGGCAGCUUUUUCUGGGGCUACUGCUUCACCCAAGUCAUCGGGGGUUACGUCAGUGACAGGGUGGGGGGAGAGAAGGUGAUGCUGCUGUCAGCAGCAGCCUGGGGGGCUAUGACAGCCUUUACCCCGGUCCUGGCCCGCCUCUGCAACCAGCCCAUCUUCUCCAUGACACUUGCUCGCUUCCUGAUGGGGCUGCUGCAAGGUGUGCACUACCCAUCGCUAGCCAGCCUGUGUUCUCAGAAGGUGGUGGAGAGUGAGAGGGGCUUCCUCAUGAGCACGGUGGGCAGUGGCUCCUACCUGGGAACACUGGUGAUCGGAGCAGCUGGCUCCCUCAUGUUAGACCUGUAUGGCUGGGAGAGUGUCUUCUAUGCGUCUGGCCUGCUCUCUGUCCUGUGGGCAUACUGCAUGUGGAAAUAUCUACUCAAAGGGGAAGGACCUAUCAUCACUCUAGAGUCUCUGGGUAGCGGGGGCACUCAGUCCAAGCUGUCCAGGAGACACUGGCUGCGCCUCUUCAAACAACCCGCUGUCUGUGCUGUUAUUGUCACCCACCUUUGCACCGCGAGCACCUUCUUUACACUGUUGUCAUGGCUUCCAACCUUCUUCAAGGAUACUUUCCCAGAAGCCAGGGGUUGGGUGUUCAACGUGGUUCCCUGGCUAGUGGCCAUCCCCUCUUCCCUCUUCAGCGGCUGUCUCUCUGACCACCUCAUCAGUCAGGGCUUUGAUACUGCUGCAGUGAGAAAGUUGAUGCAGUUCUUCUCCAUGGGUGUGUCCAGUGUGUUUACCCUCCUGCUGUGUGGCACCUCCACCUUCCCCUGGGCCAUAGCCUUUGUGUCUGCCACCAUGGGCCUAACCACCUUCAGCCACAGUGGUGUGUCGGUGAACGUUCAGGAUCUGGCUCCGUCUUGUGCUGGGGCUUUGUUUGGAGUUAUGAAUACUUGUGGUGCUUUCUCGGGAGUUCUGAUGGUAUACUUCUCUGGAUACCUGAUUGAGACCACGGGUUCAUGGGCAACAGUGUUUGCCCUCAUCUCCGUGGUGAAUCUUUUGGGCCUCUGCACCUUCCUGGCCUUCGCAGAGGCCCGCCGGGUCGACAUCGACUCUGCCAAGGUCCGCUACCACAACAUUCACAUCUGACAGAAUCCGUCGUGGGUCAGGCCCAGAACCAGCACCCUCAGACCAGAUCCUGAACUGUGGGAAAGAAACAACAUGACAGCGUUGUCAUUCCAGAAUAUGAGAGCACACUGAAUCCUCUCAAGUGCCCUGGAAUGUUACUGAACUGCCUUUAACAUCCCCCAGGCCUCAGUGCAGAACUUGAAACUAUUACGUAAAUAUGUGUGUUACAGUCCAAAGCUGGCCCAUUUGCCUGUGAGAAAGGUGAGUGUAUUUGAGUUCUAGUCAGACCCAUGCAGAAAGUGUGUGAUCCCUUCAUGACUGUGCUUGAUUAACACAGUGUUGUACUUUAGGGACAUGGUUCUUGUUCACUCUUGAUCCUCGGCCAUUUCUGACUGUCUGAGACUUUAGUUCAGUCAUGGAAAUACUGACCGAAAGUCACAGCUUAGACAGUUAACUGUGAUCUCAUUCUCUCCACACCCAAGCCACAUAGGAAGUGACACAAGUGUUAGUCCUGUCAGCUCUCUGGCAGUUGGGACAGACCAAGAUGUGAUGUAUUCAGAGGAAGAGGUGUGUGUUGGAAGGGUGAGGGGGUGCGAAUGCUGUCGCACCUUGAGGGUUCUAGUCCACUGUCCACCACUCAAUUCUAUAGACAGGACUUGUUUGUGACUGAAACCUAAUUACCAAGUGACUAAUUACCAGCCCCCCCUCACGUCCUGCUCAGUUCACCUGCUAUGGCCCCCAUCUCCAUAGUUACAGGCUUGUCAUAUCAUUGCGUGUCACUGGGCUUUGUUAUAGCUGCACAGCACCAGCUUCAAAACCUUCAGUUUCAGUGUCAGAUAUUUUGAAGACCAAAUAUAAUUUUUCUAUUUAUUUUUACUAUCAUGCAUGAUGCAUUCAAUAACAAAUACCUCACUUCAGUUUGGAUUAUUUAUAUUUAUAAUAAUUAUCAAAUAGAUCUGUCAAGUCUUAUCGUAUAUAUCAUACAUAUUAGAGAUGAAGUGUAUGACAUGCUGUAGAAUGUAGCAAUAGCCUGAUGCUGCCCUUCCUAGCCUCCUAACCAUCUGAAGGCUUUAUAUGGGGAUAAAAAGUGUGUUCAAUGUAGAGAUUCUAUCAUGUUGUGGUUACUUCCUAGUCAAGACAGGAAGUGUGGUCAUUAGGGAGGAGGGACCAUAACUCCCAUAUCAAUAGGAAUGUCCCUGUUCAGUUUCUCACUGUUCUUUCCAAUGCUUCAGAUGCAAAAUAUCUCUGUAGUGUCUAACCUUCUUUACCAUCCCCAUCCAACAAAAGCUCAAUACCUGACUGCUGUGCAGCACAUUACUUAUGUACACAUAUUUAAAGAUAAUUGAAGAUUAGGAAAUACAUAUCUGUAUCAGGUCUUGGGACCUCCUAACUUGUCUAUACACCUUCAAUCCAAUGUAUUUAUGAUAGUCUUUAAUACAUGGUUAAUUGUAUGGCCUUCUGUUUCAUUACUGAUGUUUCAUCAGUACCAGAUAAUUCUAGAUAUGUAUUCUGUAUAUGUUCUUACUGUACGUUUUGAGCUGGUCAUGUGUUUUCAGUGAAGUCAGGGCACAUUCGCAAGCUGUCUCCAAUGGUACUUCUCUGCAGAGAGAGUAGCCUGGAAAUGUUGUGUAUAAAACUGUUACUGUUAGAUUGUAAAUGUUGUCUUUGACAGUUCAUAUCAUUUGGCCCUCCUUACCUUCCAAGCCUCACUGCAAAGGCAAAAGCAACAUUCAAUCGAAAAGUUACUGUAUUAUCAUAGUAUUUAAAGAUUGGCAGCUGUUUUGUGGGAACCUAGUUACCGUGAGAUCAUGACAAACAGAACAGAGAAGUUCAAAAAUACCUUCCUGAAUAAGAUGGUCUCUUGUUACUGAAGACAUACAUUAUACAGUAUACAGACUCAAUUAAUGUAGGAUGGACAGUUAAGCAAUAAAUUAGUAGAAUGACGUAUCGCUAGUUUGAAACUGCUAAGUAAAUACCUGUAGUUAAUCUCAUAAUUUUUAUUUUUGGUUUAAUGCAGAAAGUAGGAAGCAUACAAAUAACAUACUUUACAAGCUCCCUAUUCAUUGUUGAUUCCUCUGUAGUAGGCAGCGUUAAAGGAAAAAAGCGUAGUAAUUACAUUAAUGCCCUUCAGCUGCUUUAAUGCCCUUCAGCUGCGUUCAUUACUUGUCUGAUUUUGUUACUUUGGUUUAUGAUGUUUUCAUUCCUGCCCGAUACUUAAUUAACAAGACACAACACUGUUGUAAUGCACCAACUGUGUUGUAAGAUACUGAAAGCUUUGACAAUAUUUGUUUUGAUAAGAUAAUGUAUGAUAUGCUAUACCAUUUAUUUAAAGUUAAUGGGAAAUAAAUGCAGUGUUCUACUGCUACAAAGAUGUAUUUGUAUGCAUAUUUUUUUGAAUUUU